CGUCGCAACGUGCAACAACGCGUGUAAAGUGUUGCUGUCAAAUUCGAGAAACAAGUGUUUAUUUUUUCUCAAAUUUUAUUUUUAACAAUAAAUAUAUGUCUAAUUCCUGUUGAAUAUAUCGCGGAGAAUAAAUACAGUUAUAAACGGUUCUACAUAGAGUUCGCUGAAACUAUUAUCGAAUCAAAAAUUAUUGACAAUCAAAAUGGCUGAUUGUCAGGAAACACAGAAAACUGAUGAUCCCAUGAAGCACUAUGAAUUCGAUGGUCAGUCUUAUAUAUACAAAGAUCCAGCAAGUAAUAUAACAUAUAAGUUUGAUCAAGAGAAGAACGAGUGGGUGGAGAAAAAAGAUGAAGAGAAAAAGGAAAAUGAUUCGAGUGCCAAUGAAGCCAAACCGCAGGAAGGUGUAUUUGGUUUCGAAAAUGAUACUCACACGUACACUGAUCCUAAUGAUGGCAGUGUAUACUUUUGGGAUAAGGAGAAGAAUGCCUGGUUCCCAAAGGUGGAUGAUGAUUUCAUGGCAAGAUAUCAGAUGAGUUAUGGAUUUACCGAUUCAAGCGCGGGAGAAACAAAACCUGCACCAGAGCCUGAAGUUAAAACAAAGGUAGAAAAAGAGAAAAAGAAGGUAGAAGCAAAGAGGAAAGCACAAGAUCCACCGACUUGGUUCGAAGUGGACGAGGCACAUAACACUGCUAUUUAUGUGUCUGGUCUACCAUUAGACAUUACCCUGGACGAACUCACAGAAUUGUUCAACAAAUGUGGUCUUAUCGCUCGAGACGAGAAAGGAAAGGACAAAAUCAAGUUGUACAGGGAUUCAAAUGGACAACCAAAGGGUGAUGCUCUUUGUAUCUACAUAAAGGUCGAAUCGGUGGAUUUGGCAUUAAAGAUCUUGGAUAAGUCGCAAAUCAGGGGUAAAACAUUGUCUGUACAGAGGGCAAAGUUUCAAAUGAAGGGAGACGCGUACGAUCCAGCCUUGAAACCGAAACGGAAAAAAAAGGAUAAGGAACGACAGAAAAAGAUCCACGAAAAAUUGUUUGAUUGGAGACCAGAACGUCCACUGGGUGAGCCAGCGAAACAUGAAAGGGUUGUAAUUAUAAAAAAUCUAUUUUCCCCGGAGGACUUUGAUAAAGAAGUCGCCUUGUUGUUAGAAUACCAGCAGGAUAUCAGAUCAGAGUGCCUGAAAUGCGGCGAUGUCCGGAAAGUUAUUAUUUACGAUAGACAUCCUGAAGGUGUUGCACAGGUGAUAUUCCGAGAACCAGCAGAAGCGCAAGCUUGCGUUCAAUUAUUGAACGGUCGUUGGUUCAGCCAGAGGAAAAUAUCGGCCGAAAUUUGGGAUGGCAAAACGAAAUACAAAUCGUUCAAGACAAUUGAAACGGUCUCAAAUAAAAUACGAAUGAUUGGCAGAGAGGAAGCAAAGAAGAUGGUGACGGUGCUCGUCAAAUCGAUUUGUUUUUUAGGGUUACAGAGACUGAUGCCGAAAUUGAGGCCAGAAUCGCGAAAUGGGACAAAUUUCUGGAAGGCGAGGACGAGAGGAAGGAAGCCGCCGCGAGAAACGAGAAGCAAACCAAUGAAUCGUCGACGAAGGAAAAGUCUGAGACCUUGCAAGAAAAGGAGCUUCCUGAAACGACGUUGAGGACAUCAGCGAAAACGGAAGUGGCCAAAAACGAGGAGCCUCAGAAGAAGGAUGAAAUGUCGUCGAAUUUCGACGAUUCUGAAACGGGUAGAAAUAAGAAGUAGAAUAGAAAGAUAUUUUAAUAAAAUGCAAUUUGGGCGGGAAAAUGUUUCGAAAGAAGUGAAUCGAACUAUCCCUUGAUUUACUUAAGAAUAUUAAAAUUAAGUGUAACAUUACGAUCGCAAUUAGAGAAAAGUACUUUUUCCAAGUUAUGAGGUAAUUGCUUGUAAUUUCUCAUUGUUGAUAUCACUGAGUAUUAUUGUACUAGUUGCGCCGUAAGAUGUUACUGUUAUCUCAAAGAAAUAAAAGAAUAAUUUCCCCUGCA